CGAAGUUUGAACAGAAACUUGCAUUUCAUAUUUUAAAACCUUGAAAGUUAACGUGUUGGGUGGUGUAAGGACAAGAAAACAUGAUGAAAGACACUGGAGGUUAACUAUCAGAAAGAAUGGACCGUGAUCCAGAGAGCCAGCGUGUGAUGUCCCUGAGAUUGUCCAAGGUGCUCGGGGACAUCGGGGUCACAAGACACAUGGUUGACAGGAGGAGGAGAACAUGGCUCAUUAAAGAGAAAGUUUACACGAUUGAAGUAAAUAUCCUUCGUGACAAAAACUACACAUGUUACCACGUUGGAAGCCAAAGUGAAGGAACCACUUCAUUGGGUAUGAAAUCGGAUGUAGACAUGUUAGUGAAAAUAAAUGACCAUUCUAUUAUUUUGGAAAUGUCUGAAUGGCAGUUUGGGGGCAAAGGGAUUUUUCUGAUGCUUAAGAAUGAGAAAACUCCUCCUCAACAUUGUAACCUACAAAUAAUUAGAACAGACCUUCCACUGCCAUUCACACAGGAUAUGGUGGUCAAAAGCCUGGAGUGUGAAGUUGACAUGGAAGGCAAGGUGCUGCUCAAAAACACUGUACAUGACUCGUUACUGACACAGACAUGGGGAGUGGAAUAUAUUAGGCAAGGUCCAUCACGCAGUGGAAACAAAGAGUUAGAUGUGGUAAAUGCUUAUCAUUGUCCAAGGGUGCCAGAAGAGUGUCAGAUCUUCUUCCAAAGACCUCGGCCUGGACACUGGCCCAGACCUGGGAUACUGGAACAGGCAAGAGGAUAUGGAAUAUUCUUGGUUCCACAAGGACAUGCUGAAAGUUAUGAUUCAAGUAUUGAGUGGAGAUUCUCUACUUCCCUCACAGAAAGACUUCUCAUGUUUGACCUAAAUAGCAGCAAGGUAAAGACCUAUACAUUUCUGAAAAUACUAAGGAAGACAUUUUUUAAACCUAUCGUAGGUGACCGAUUGAGUUCAUUCCAUUUCAAAACCACCCUAUUAUCCACGAUUGAGACCUAUCCUCCCGAGAUUUGGCGGAAGCAAAGUCUACUACAGUGUAUCAUUUACUGUCUUACUACACUAAGGCGCUGGUGCAAGAUGAACUACUGCCCACAUUACACAAUCUCUGGUGUGGACUUGUUUGUGGGAAAACUGAAGAAGUUUGAGCUGUUGCGUAUCUCUGUAAUGUUGUCAGACAUGAUAGAGAAUAUCAUAACAUACGUUGUGCAUAUAAAUAUGGAUCAGGUCGGAGAUAGAAUGCUGGUAUUAAAUGGAAACACACUUUCACAACUGCAAAUGAGAACAAGGUAUGAGAAUCAGGAGAUAACAGUGAAAUACUGCUUGGAUUCUUUGCUGUUUGAAUUGUACAGUUUACCAUGGAAAUACGUUACACAGAAAACUCUUCCACAAUUGCUGGUUUCUGUUGACCAAAUUAUUAGAGAUUUAAUUUCUUUAAGACGCAAUAUUAAUAAAGACACAUUACAUUUUGCCAGAGAUGUCAUCGGCUCAGGCGUAAAAAACCUUUGUGGUCUUCUAGCCUCAAUCCAGGCUUCCAGAUGCAUUGAGUUACGCCAAACCAUCUCACCAGACAUUUAUAACUUAUACCAAACUUCUUUGGUUUCAAAUGUGACAUCAAGCAGGCUUAAGUUUGCUUCCAUGUUGUACUGCACUGGACAGCAUGAGGGUGCUAUAACAGUGUUGAACUUCACUGAGGGAUUGCUGCACGAAGAUGUAUUACCCCUAUGUUUGAGCAGAAGAAGACAGUGUAGACCUACCAGAAACUUCCUGCGCAAAGGGCUGUAUCUUCCAGUAUCGGAGAUUAUUCAGGAUUUGGUGGCAAUUUGUGUUGUAUUCCUGCCUCGGGAAUCCUACUGUGUGCCAAAACAUCUGGUGUAUGAGUUAUACAGGACUUGCACACAAGCAGACAUUCAACACAGACACCCCGCGUAUUGUGACUGGAUGGACUGUGUUACAGUCGACUCAAUCCCAUUUCUUUACUACCUGCAAUACCUCACGUAUAGAGAGCACGGGCAACAUGACAAGAAACUGGCAGCAUUGCAGAAGCUUUGUAAUUAUGUGAAUGAUGACGAAAAUCAGUAUGGUUACAAAGAGACGGCAUGGAAUAUGCUGGGUCAUUGUUGGCAACUUGAAAACAAGUUGGACCUUGCUUGGCAAUGCUUCUGUGAGUCAGUAUGGGCAUACCCACAAAACAAUGCUGCACGAUGGCAUAUGGCUAUUAUUUUGACAAAGCUGCACGAUGGCAUAUGGCCUUUAUUUUGACAAAGCUGCACGAUGGCAAAUGCCAGUUAUUUUGACAAAGCUGCACGAUGGCAAAUGCCAGUUAUUUUUACACUGCUGCAUGAUGGUGUAUGGCCGUUAUUUUGACAAUGCUGCACCAUGGUGUAUGGCAGUUAUUUUGACAAUGCUGCACUAUGGUAUAUGGCCGUUAUUUUGGCAAUGCUGCACAAUGGCAUAUGGCCGUUAUUUUGACAAUGCUGCACAAUGGCAUAUGGCCAUUAUUUUGACAAUGCUGCGCGAUGGCAUAUGGCCAUUAUUUUGACAAUGCUGCACGAUGGCAUAUGGCCGUUAUUUUGACAAUGCUGCACGAUGGUGUAUGGCAGUUAUUUUGACAAUGCUACACCAUGGUGUAUGGCAGUUAUUUUGACAAUGCUGUACAAUGGCAUAUGGCCGUUAUUUUGACAAUGCUGCACAAUGGUAUAUGGCCGUUAUUUUGACAAUGCUGCACAAUGGCAUAAGGCCGUUAUUUUGACAAUGCUGCACAAUGGCAUAUGGCCGUUAUUUUGACAAUGCUGCACGAUGGCAUAUGGCCGUUAUUUUGACAAUGCUGCGCGAUGGCAUAUGGCCGUUAUUUUGACAAUGCUGCGCGAUGGCAUAUGACCGUUAUUUUGACAAUGCUGCACGAUGGCAUAUGGCUGUUAUUUUGACAAUGCUGCACGAUGGCAUAUGGCCGUUAUUUUGACAAUGCUGCACGAUUGCAUAUGGCCUUUAUUUUGACAAUGCUGCACGGUGGCAUAUAGAUUUUGUCAAUGCUGCACGAUGGCAUAGAGGCGUUAUUUUGUUAAUGCUGCACGGUGGCAUAUAGGCUAUAUUUUAACAUGCUAUCAACCAAAAUCAGGACCAAUGAUAGCAUGCCUUACCUUGCCAAUUGUUGUUAAGUGUAAUGCUAUUAUUUAAGGACAAUAGUUUUAAAUCAUUACUGUCGAAGUGUGAUUAACUGAUUAUGAUAGCUAAAUGUGUGUAUGAUUACUUCAUACUUUGGAUGAGUAACUGUCAGGUGUUACUGCAGUUGGAUUUAUAUAU